GCAAGAGUCUCAGGGAAAUGUGGGGACUGGUGACGUCCCACAAAGCUGAACCUGUUACUGUGACGCCACGGUACAGAGAACACUGGGUCUCAGAGCAGUCAUGUUGGUGGCGGAACCCAGCAUCGACACACUUAUCCACCAUAGCAUAUGCGAACAUAGUAUACAAAUGGUGCUCAAUAAGUGUACUCCCCAGACAUGGCCUCCACAUGCACGAGGCCCUGGGUUUACCCCAGCCUCCAGCAAGAUACAGGGUUGUGUAUACAGUGGGUGCUCCCCACGCUCUCCAGUCACGUCAAGGAAACAGAGUGGGGACUUGAAGGGAGGGCAAGACAAAUCGGUGUGUGUCUGACCAAGCCAGGGGCACUGAUUGAGCGCCGGCUGUGUGCAGGCUCUGGGAGACAGGACAGCAGCUCCCAGAGAUGAGGGGUCCCCACCCAGGGGCGGGCCGGGUGGCUCCCUGCCCACACCUGCCCAGCCAGGCGACGUUGGUCAACAGCCUUGGCUGUGGCCCCCCGGGGAGCGGGAGGAGUGGGGCCCAGGCCCUCCCGGAGCUGAGUCCUCCCAUCAGCCCAGCCAGGCGGCCAGGAAGGGCUGGACCGGAGGGAGCCUGGCCGGGAAGCCUCGGGGCCAGGGGCCCACCAGGUCUCAGGGCCAGGCGGACUUCCAGGCCAGGGACACCGCUGCACCCUGGUGAACAGAAUGGCCCUGUGACGUAAACAGGAUCGUGUAUACAUUCAACAGAUUGUGGGGUUCGGGCCGAACCCAGGGGCUCCACGCGAGCUGCACCCCGCACCGUGUUUUCUGUUUUGAGAGGGUCUCACCGAGUUGCCCAGGCUGGCCCUGAGCGAGUGACCCUCCUGCCUCAGCUUCCAAGGGGCAGGGUGACAGGCCCGGCCUGAGCCUGGCCCAGCCACGGCCAUCUGGGCCAGCCCCCCCUCCUCAGCCCUGGUGCCGAGGACAGGAAGUUGGGCAACACAACGGCCUCCCUGUGUGGGCCUAUAAGAGGGCAGGGGGUCUGCUGGGACAGAGACCGGCAGCCCUGGCCCACCAUGACCCACAGCUGCGGAGCCCACAGCCCUGCCCUCGCUUCAGUCCUGCUGGCCUUGCUGCUGGGCGGCCCAGUGCUGGCCUCGGAGAUCGUGGGUGGCCGGCCAGCCCGGCCCCACGCGUGGCCCUUCAUGGUGUCUCUGCAGAGACGGGGAGGCCACUUCUGUGACGCCUCCCUCAUCGCCAGGAACUUCGUCAUGUCGGCGGCACACUGUGUGAAUGGCCUGAACUUCCGGUCGGUGCAGGUGGUGCUGGGUGCCCACGAUCUGCGGCGGCGCGAGCCCUCCCGGCAGGUCUUCUCUGUCCAGCGGGUCUUUGAGAACGGCUUUGACGCCACGCGCCUGCUGAACGACAUCGUGAUCCUCCAGCUCAAUGGGUCUGCCACCAUCGAUGACCACGUGCAGGUGGCCCAGCUGCCCGCCCAGGAUCGCGGUGUGGGCCACGGGACGCCCUGCCUGGCCAUGGGCUGGGGCAGGCUGGGCACGAACCGAGGGACACCCAGCGUCCUACAGGAACUCAACGUGACAGUGGUGACGACCCUCUGCCGCCGCCGUGUCAACGUGUGCACGCUUGUGCCGCGCCGGCAGGCCGGCAUCUGCUUCGGGGACUCUGGCGGCCCCCUGGUCUGCAACGGGCUGGUCCAGGGCAUCGACUCCUUCAUCCGGGGAGGCUGCGGCUCCGGGCUGUACCCCGACGCCUUUGCCCCAGUGGCGAAAUUCGCCGACUGGAUCAACUCUGUCAUCCGCAGCCCCACGGACGGCCCGCUUCCCCACCCCAGGCACCCUGUGAGCAGGACCCACUAAGAGGACCACCCCUGCCGCCCGGCUGGGCCACCCCACCCCAUUUCCUCACCCGGCAAAAUAAAAGUCCUGUCUGUGGAA